AUGCAGAAACUGCAGGAUGACUUGGCUGAGAAGCAGUGGGGCAAUGAGGCGCUUCAAAGAGCCAUCAGAACUUAUGGAGAGGUGGCAGAGGUCCCCAAUGCACCAACUGAUCUAGUGAAGCUGGCACUCAGGAGACGAGCCGAGAGACAACAGUUUCUAGUUAAUGCCUGUGCUCUGGUAACCUUCAAGAAACUAGUGCAGCUUUUCCCAGAUGACGUAUCACUCAAAAAUGACCUCAGUGUGGGAUACUUGCUCCUUGGAGACAACAAGAGUGACAAGAGAGUUUAUGAGGAGGAGGGACUAGAAUCUGGAGAUCCUGGCACUGAUGAAGGACGCUUCGAUUUUCACUUGGGAGACGCUCUGCAAAGAGUUGGAGAUAAAGACGCCUACAAAUGGCAUGAGAUUGGACAUCAAAGAGGGCAUUUUGCAUCGGUGUGGCAGCAAUCCCUUUACAACGUGGACAGGCUCAAGGCCCAGGCAUGGUGGACAGCUAAGGAAACUGGGUAUACAGAUCUUGUAAAGAUCAAGUACUCUGUUAUGCAGCCUGGGACUCACAUUUGGCCUCAUACUGGGCCCACUAACUGCCAUCUGUGAAUGCACUUGGGUCUGGUCAUUCCCAAUGAAGGGUGUCGGAUAAGAUGUGCCAAUGACAACAGAUCCUGGGAAAAAAUGAAAGUUCUCAUCUUCAACGAUUCCUUUGAACAUUAAGUUUGGCAAGAUGCUGACGGCUACAGACUGAUCUUCAUUGUGGAUGUUUGGCAACCAGAACUGACUCCCCACCAAAGACGGACUCUCUCUCCAAUCUAAAAUGUGAGAUUAUCACAUUUCUCUCCCCAGCACCCUUCCAUGUACAAACGCAGCUGUUUUUUCAUAGUUGGCACAUAAUAUAAGAACACAUGGACACAUUUUUAAAUACAACAGCCAGGCCAGCUCACACAGUAUCUGAAACUAAAGUGAGUGAUCUUAGGCCACAAAAGCACAAUCAAAGAAUAAAACAGAUAGAUGUUAAGACUCUGAUGAGACAUCUUUGCACAGACUGAUGUGUAUGAAUAGAUACUUUUAAUACUAAAGGUAGUCAUCUUGCUGGCUAUAAUUAUUUGUAAAUGCUUUAAAAUGUGCUGGUACUGUAAGUCUUAAAAAAAAAAAAAAAAUGUACUCAUCCCAAUCCCCCACAAGGAAUUCACGCUUGUAAAUAAUACAGUUACCCUCAUAAUUCACUCGAAUGAAAAUGUCUCUGUGUCUAAACCAGAAAGUGUUACAAGGUACAGUUAACACAAUAUUAAAAUGUGCUUCAUAAAAUGUGACCUUGCCUGAUUGCAGAACACUUCAUAUAAUCUUACACCACAUUGUUGAAGGGCUGGUAUUUCUUGGAAGUCAGAUUGAGAUCAUGCAAAUGCAAUGUGGCCAGCAUUUACAUGUAGGGGUUGAGGGGUGAAGGAAGACUGAACAUUAAGAACUAUGAAUAUACUAAGAUAUAAAGUGCUAUACAUUUACACUGCCUGUAAUGUGAGCAAAAAUGUUUGUAUGGUUUAGAAAUAAUAAGGCAAUAUUAGGAGAAUAACAUGAACAAAAAUGUUUCCACUCUUGUAGAUGCUAGUUUUGAAAAGGUACCAAAUGUGAGGGAGUUAAAUAUUUCCAUUCGUUUUUCACAUCUUUUCCCCUUUUGCCAUUUAAAAUGGAGCUGUAAAAUGUAUAUAUUUUGUAUACAAGUAUAACAAUUGAAUAUUGCUUUUCUGUGAAUUAUUCAUGACAUUUACAUACAUAUUCAUAGAAAAUAUCGAAGUACAUUCAUAGUUAUUCAUGCCAUUAGUAGAAAGGAAUACCGUAAAUAGAGAUCAUGAGAUUUGUAAUCUCCUGCCUUAUAAGGGAAAUGCCUCUGAAUGUUUUCAAGUACUUUUUAGCUGCUCAAUAACAAGAUAUCAAAUAGCUGUUCUUACUGAAUUAGUGUUAAUCUUAGGCUCCUUUGUGGGACAUGUUUUGCCAACAAAGGCAAUCGUCUUUUCAUGAAAGACAAUCUGACUGCAGCUCAGGCUGUGGAAUAAUAAUGUUGCCAUUACAGCUUUUGUUUAGAAUCCCGAAGUUGUUCAGAUGGAACCUUGAGCAUCAUUUACACCAGCUAAUGAUGUGUUUCACAUAAAUGUUGCACAGGUAAAUAAUGAAUUAGAGUGAUUAACCAGACAAACAAACCAGCUCAUUAAUAUUUAGGAAAGCCUUUUAGUUUCUAAACAUUUUCAACGGUUUAGGGGGUUUAUUCCAAUAUGUGCAUAAACCUUACAUGUUUUGGUUGAUACUGGAUAUUAUUAAGCUUAUUUACAAUUAUGUACCACAAACUAUACAUACUAAACAUGACUAAUUUUGCAGCCGUCUGCUGUAUAUGGACCAUUUGCUUUAGUACAAUACUGUAUAAGGACUGUCUUGACAUUUCUUUUUUUGUUUUGUUUUGUUUUACACUAGGGCAGCAGUGUGGAGUAGUGGUUAGGGCUUUGGACUCUUGACUGGAGGGUCAUGGGUUCAAUCCCCAGUGGGGACACUGCUGCUGUACCCUUGAGCAAGGUACUUUACCUAGAUUGCUCCAGUAAAAACCCAACUGUAUAAAUGGGUAAUUGUAUGUAAAAAAAAUAAUGUGAUAUCUUGUAACAAUUGUAAGUCGCCCUGGAUAAGGGCGUCAGCUAAGAAAGAAAUUAUUAUUAUUAUUAUUAUUAUUACACUGUGACUAUUGUAAAAAGACAGCUAAUACCUAUUUUGAAAUGUAUUUUCAAGGGUAGUUUCUUGAUUUACACUGAGUAAAGCAUCCUUCUAAACAACUUUUUAAUGAUCACAGUAUAGCUGUUUUACGCAAGGGUGCUGAAAGAAAGUAUUUUUAAUUUUUUGUUUAAUCACUACCUUUUGUAAAACUGUGAAGGCAGGUAUGUUUCUGGCUUUCUGUUUUUGACACUAUACUUUUGUGGGAUGUAUUAUAUUAACCUUGCAUUUCAAAAUAAUGUCGCCAUCACUAAAUACAAUAGCUGGUCAUAAUGCACUUUUUACUGGCCUAAACAGAACCAUGUUGUAAACAUCAUAUUUUACGUUAUGCUGUUACAUUCUUUUACGCUUCCAUCCACUUCUGAUGCAUACCUGUCUGCUGUUCAAUGUCAAGGUUAGACAGCUAGUGGCUAUAGGUGCAAUGUUUAUCGCUGUAUAUUUCAACAUUUGCUGCACAUCCUGAAUAGAUUACUCAACAUUAUUGAGUAAUACCUUUUUCUGCUGGUUUUUGUUAGUAUAAUGUUGAUGUACCAGUAUGUCGAGGGGCUCAACAUUCAAGAUUUGGUAUAUUACUAUUUGCUUACCUUUUUUUCAUUUUCAUUUAAAGGUUUGUUUCACACACGAGUUAACCACGCAAGCGAAUUCACCACAAGUUCUAAUGAACUAGUAUCUCUAGUUAAUUUAACAGUACUUUAUAUGCUGUAUGCAUGUUUUGUUUUGAUAAAUAUCUGUAUGUGCUAAUCUUUGUGAGUCUUAAAAUGGAGAGUUGGUGGCCUGUCAUAUUUCUGUUUAACCCCCUUUAUACCUGACUGUAAUUAAAAAAAGACUGUGGGAAUUGAAGUCCCAGGGGGCAUUAAGACAAGAGACUGCAAAUGGGAUGCCACAUCAGCUGUGUUGCACAAUGCAAUUCAUUUUACAAGCUGCAUGAAGUGGCCUGAUGCAGCCUGCCUCUCUGCACACUUAAUUAAAGGGAUUGUGAGGCUGGAGUACUCCAUACAGCACUAAUCAUGCCAUAUAUGUGUGGCACUCUAUAGAUAAGUAAAUUCAGGAGCCUGAAAUCCCGAGCUAGUGUUCUCUAAAAAGGGAAGAAUUUGAAGUGGGAUCAAUAAAAAAAGAUGUAAAAAUCCCAGGUAAAGUUUAAUUGUUUUUAUUUUUUUUAGAUUAAUCAAGUGGUAAUGUUAGCCUUCUUGACUGAGGCUAGAAAAUGUAGUAUUUUUUGCAAGACAAUUAAGACUCGCACUUGCAAUUCCAUUUAAGACUCAAUCCCAGGUGUAGACCACUAGCAUGUUUUCCAUCAAAGGGUCAGUUUUAAUCCUUUUCCACUUGCUGUAUUAUUUUUUUUCUUUUAAUGUUCAAGCUCCAUGUCAGUAACUUUGUGGACUGUUUGGUAGAGCUAUC